AUGUCGCGACGAAGCCCUGCAGCGGGCGGCAACGGGCCCGAGAGCUCUGAAACCCCCAAGGAUGCCGGCCAGGAUAAGCAGAAGAUACUCCUCUCUGCAGACACAGGCCACUUCAGCUUGAUCAGGGCCUUGCAUCUUGCCGAUUUUAUUACGGAAUUAAAUGGAUUUUGCGGAGGCAAGUUUUCGGCAACGAUCAUCGAUCUCGAUCACCUAGAGAGUGCCGAAAAAGCCUAUAACUAUAUCUGA